CCUCGUGUUUCACUCAACCACCCCCUGUAUUCCUCCUCCUACCUGAGUGAUUUCGAAUCGAUUGCUUCCUCCCCUCGAGAUACCUUCCCCCGAGAUACCUUCACUCGAGAUAUCUUCUGCUACACGAGGCUGGUGUAGCUCUUGAUUGUUGGUGGUGGCCAGGGUCGUGGGAUAUAAAUAUACGCGGUGCCCUAUUGCAGCUAUCAGCUCUGCUUUCUCCAUUUCCCGCACACAACACGUCCACUACAGCUGAUCGCCAGACCAUUCUGCCUCUCCCGGCCUGGCGGCUAUUCAAGAUGGCUAGUGGACGCGACCAUGACGAAUUCGACGAGAAGCGCUCUCCUACGUUGACGCGCGCGGGAACUAGCUCCGACACCGCUGGCGAUUCGGAUAGGUUUCCGGAUAAGUCUUUGGAUAAAUCCCACUCAGACCGACGCCAGUUCCUCCAGGUCCCUGACGAGACAGGCCGAGCGCCGACAGAUCAGAGUCUCUUGUCAGAUACCGAGUCCCGGGACCGAGCUACGCGUUUAGUCGACGAUCUCACCUUACUCCAAGCCGAGCAGGCCGUCAGUCACCGCGAGUCCCUCGAAAUUCGCCGUGCCCACUCCAAGUCGCGCAGCCACGAGCAAGUGAAUCAAGAUGUCUUCAACCAACCCGCACAGACCCCCACCGUCGGUUUGCCGCCCCAGCGCCAGAGCAGACUGAAUAGAGCCUGGAGGGGUCUUAAGGGUCUCCCCCGCAUCGUCCGCUACUUCUUGCAUAGCGUACCCGUCGCAGUCAUUCUCCUACUUCCCGUAUUACUAGGAAGGAUUCUCCCUCAGCAGAGCCAGGCUGUGAUCGGCGGCCCCGGGGGCGUUCAACUGAUGUGGUUCGGCAUCUGGCUCGAGGUUGUCUGGCUCUCCCUGUGGGCGGCCAGAAUCUUUACUACAGUAGUACCGUCUCUCCUGGGCUUCGUGGCUAGAAUCCUAAUCUCGGGAAACUAUAAGAAGUGGAGGGGAAUAGGUCGCCAGCUGGAGCUCCACGUCGCCUUCUUCCUCUGGAUGCUGGCAGUCCGUAUCUCCUAUUUCCCCAUUCUCAACAACCACAAGAUCCCAGCCCAGGUUCCCGAGGAAGCGGAUACCCCCUAUCCCUCAAUCUCGUGGAUCGACAUUGUAGACAAGGUCAUCACCGCCGUUUUCGUCGUCACCGUUUUGAACUUCAUCGAGAAGAUGUUGAUCCAAUGGAUAGCCGAGUCCUUCCAUUUGAGGACGUACUCGACCCGUAUUGCCACCAACAAGCAGUGCGUCGCGUAUUUGGUCCAUCUCUACGAGUAUUCCAAGGACAAGUUGGUUUCGGAAGCUUCAGUCAGCCAAGGGCCAGCAUCAGGCAGCAGAACUCCCCUAGCGGUAUUUUCGGAAAAUGCCCGAGACGCUGUAGCCAAAGUUGGCGAUAUCGCGACCCGUGUGGCUGGGGACUUCACUGGACGCGAGGUCAAGUCCAGGAACCACCCCCGUAAGGUCGUUUCCGAGCUGCUUCGUAACGCCGACUCCGCCCGGGUGCUCGCUAGGCGCCUCUUCCGUACCUUCACCCGGCCCGGCUCCGACGUUCUGACACCACAGGAUUUGCAGCUCGCUUUCCCCACCCCCGAAGACGCCGAAGCCGCCUUUCUCGUAUUCGAUCGGGACUUGAAUGGUGAUGUUUCGAUGGACGAACUAGAGGCGUUCUGCGACGAGAUUCACCGUGAGAAAAAGGCUAUAACCGCGUCUCUCAAAGAUCUCGAUUCCGUCAUCGCCAAGCUAGACAAGGUCUUCUUCGUCAUCAUCGUCAUCAUCGCCAUCAUCGUGUUUAUCUCGAUAAUAUCGGCCUCAACUGCUGCGGCGCUGACUUCGGCCGGUACUGCCGUCUUAGGUCUCGCCUGGGUGCUUCAGGCUACGGCUCAGGAGUUCCUCCAAUCCAUCAUUUUCGUCUUCGUCAAGCACCCAUUCGACGUCGGCGACCGGGUCACCGUCUAUGGUAACACUGGAUCCCUGAUGCGAGGCGACGACUACUACGUCACUGAGAUCUCGCUCCUAUACACCGAGUUCAAGAAGAUGGAAGGUCACAUAGUUCAAGCGCCGAACUCGCUACUCAACACGUUGUUCAUUCUCAACCACCGACGCAGCGGUUGCCUGGCUGACGUGUUUGAGCUCCGGAUGAAAUACGGAACGCCGUCAAGCGUGAUUAAGGAACUUGAGGCCCGUAUGGUGGAGUUUGUCUUGGACAACAAACGCGAUUACACGAACAAGAUCUUGACUGAACUCCGCAGCUUCGAGGAUGCGUACUGCAUGACGGUCAAUUUCAUCUGCUUUCACAAGACUAGCUUCCAGAACGAACUGCUGCGUCUUACCCGCCAUAACAGGUUCGCGAUUGAGCUGAUGAAUCAGAUGGUCGCUCUCGGCAUCGAGCAGCCUCGUCGACAGUACCAGAUCUCGGGACAAGAUUGGCCCGUCUACCAGUCGAAUGUCCAACCCCCGGCGUAUCACGAGCAGCAGCCCUCGGUAGACCCCUCGAUACUUACUGCGACACGCCGGCGGGCCCAUUCACGUACCAUCGACACCUCGGGUGAUGUUUUCCAAGACGUCUUUGUCAGCCGUAAGGCUAGCAACCCGAGCAUCGGCCACCCGCCCCGCAUUGAUGAGGAGACGGCCGAAGCAAGCGGUGCUGCUGCUUCUGUAGGUAGUCCGCGCCUGGAGAAGCUUCCCUCGGGGGGCAGCGGCCGCCCGGGCAGCCAGAAGAAGAUAUUUGGACGGUCCAUAAGCCUGAGGAAGGGUGGAGAUCAGCCGGAACGAGAUAGGGAUAUGGUCUAGGAACCGCGAAAUUGGGACGAAACUGAGCAGGCAACGACGUCACUUCGCGGCGUGCUUCUGAACGAAUGAAUGGUAAUGAAACAAAAAAAAAGGCAAAUAGAGGGAGGUAGACUGGCAAUAUACCCCCCAGCGAGAAAUGCCUGCCUGUCUAUCUUAAGGCACGUAAGGAUUGCGUUCGUGGCGUUAAAGCAUUCUCGGCGUCAUCUACGAUUUUGGGCAGGGCCC